UACCCCCUCCCCACCCCCGACGAGAAAUCGCGGGAUCCGGCGAGACUCGGCGAGAUUCCUUCCCGAUUCGUACCACUUCUCGUAAAAACACUUUCCCGGUGUCGUUUUUUGCCGCUUUUUCCCCUCCCCGUCUCUUCCCUCGGCCGAGAGCAUCAUACUGAUAAGUCAUAAUGUCUGGAAUUGCCAUUGCACGACUAGCAGAGGAGAGAAAGGCAUGGAGGAAAGAUCAUCCAUUUGGUUUUAUUGCAAGACCGACAAAGAACCCUGAUGGCACUCUGAAUCUCAUGAACUGGGAGUGUGCCAUUCCAGGAAAGAAGGGGACUCCUUGGGAAAAUGGACUGUACAGGCUGCGAAUGAUCUUCAAGGAUGACUACCCAUCAACCCCACCCAAGUGCAAGUUUGAACCUCCUCUGUUCCACCCCAAUGUUUACCCAUCAGGAACAGUGUGUUUGUCACUCCUGGAUGAAGAGAAGGACUGGCGACCUGCAAUUACCAUCAAGCAAAUCCUUUUGGGUAUUCAGGACUUGCUUAAUGACCCCAACAUCAAGGACCCUGCACAAGCUGAAGCCUACACUAUUUACUGUCAAAACCGUCUGGAAUACGAGAAAAGAGUACGAGCCCAGGCCAAGGCAAUGUCCGCUCCAUUUGAGUAGAGAGAAUCGCAGCCAUCACAAUACAGGAAGCAUGGAGAGUUCUUGAGAUAGCAAUUAGUUAUUGAGAAGCAUUGCACUUCUGGUUUCAGUGCAUCUGCUGGUGGGAAGGGGCCUAGAAGUGGUGGUCUUGCCAGCAGACACAUUUGGUUUGGGGGUUUCCAUGAAUGAACUUUUCUAGAGGAAUUGAGUACGCCUAUGCGAUGCUGAUUGCAGAAAGCGGCAUCUUUUUAUGUUUUUGAAAUACGUGACAAGCAUCUCAUUCCAUUCUCUGUUUUAAGUGACAUGGCUCACUCUUUACUCUUUUUUUUUUUUUUUUUUAUUUGAACCUUCUCAGUGAUCUAACAGUCAAGAAAAGAUAUCCUCGGACAAGAGAAUCUAUCUUCCCGGGAAGUGUUUAUUUUUUAGGUAUACUGUAUAUUCCCCCCCCCCCCCCUCCCUUAUGUACCUGUUCCUACAAAUAUAUUUCCUCCACUGAGUCAUUAAUGGAUAUUAAGUAAUAAACUAUUUUUACCAUUAUUCUAGUUUUUGUUCAUCAUAAAAGCACACACAAUUCAUCAUAUAUUUAUGGUGCAUUGAAUAUUCAUAUAAAGUUUGUAUGGUGUAGGUAUCUAUGUACAUGUUACAUCAGUGUCGAUAUGAAGUGUGAGAAUUUACUUUUCAAGGAAGUAUUUAGAAGUUAAAAUACAAGAAUUAAAUUGGUGAUAACUUUAUUAUAUGGAAUUUACAAAUGGUUGCAUAUUUGAAAACUGUACAGAUUCAAUGUCUUGUUGUUUUUCUCUAAAUCUUGCUUAACAAUGAUGGGUUUAACGUUUCGACCUGGAUAUGCAUAAUAAUAAUAAUAAUAAAAAUCCUUUGACUAAAUUUGUGGAUUUCUCCAAGAAAUGGAGAUAUGAAUUAUCCUUUCCCCUCUUUAUAAUGUGAAAGUAAAGAUUAAGUUGAAGCCCUUGCUACCUUCUCCUCAAUAAAAUUAAAUUGGUAUUCAAGGUAAAUUAACUUUCCUUGCAAUUAGCCUAAUUAUUGGAAUGCUAGCAAAUUAUGUCCAAUAUGCUACAUGCUCCUGUUUAUUUUAGUGUGACCUUGGGAUGUCUGUAUCAACAAUAGAAAAAUGGUUUUGUACAAACAAUUGUGAUGCAGUGAUGUAUCUAUAUCAACCAACAAUAGAUAUUAUUAUACAUGA